CGACUCCUCUUCAUUUUGGGUCUCGUUUUCUUCGCUUUUUGUUCCUGUCUCACUAGCUGUUCCUUUCUUUUGCUUCUUAGAGCGACGUAAACCCCUUCUUGCUUUAUGAUGUCCUUUAAACAGUUGCAAUACUUUAUUUUUAAUGUUCACUAUCUGAAAUAAUGCAAGGAAAGAGAGAGAAAUGGCCACAGCAACCAGAGUGGAUCCUCCUAUCAGUAUUGCCAUGAUGACGCCAUUUUCCAUGACGGGUGUGGCUCAACUUUCUGCAUAAUUGAUGAGUUUGAGUAGCUGCAACUAUUUAAGAAGGGCUUGAAGCAGGCAGUGCUCAUUAAUUUUGACUGCAAAAAGAAAUGAUGAUUGUUUUCCUUCUUCUGCUGUCAUUAUUAAAAUACACUGAGAGCAAUUGGGUAUUAGAAGUCAGAUUGUAUCAGUAUAGCAAUCCUACCAGCAGAAGAUCAGAUAGGUUUUGCUGUGACACAGAUGGAGUCUUAGAUGGCAUAUGCAUGAACCCUUGUGAUAAUGAUUUUCUGUUUUGUUUAAGAGUCGAUGUGACAUCACCAAGCUGUCAGUAUGGUGCCUACCAAACUGGAUUGGUUGCUGGUGGGGACGAAUUGAAUUUCACUGGCGUUGCUUCAAUUGGUGAGAAUAAUGUGUCUCAUCCAUUAUUGUUUAAUGGAACGCAAUGGCCAGAGAAUAAUCAAGUUGAUUUCUUAGUUCGGGUGUUUGAUUUGGAUCCAGAUGGAUCAAAUUUUAUAGGUGUAAUUGGAACUCCUCUCACAUACACUAAUGCUAGUGGGGGACCAUCAGACAUUAUUACCCUAAGGGGUAUCAGAAUCAGUAUAGAAGCAAGCUUUGAUUUGAGAUGUGAUACGAAUUAUUAUGGCAGUCAGUGCGACGUAUUCUGCAGAACUCAUGAUGAAGAGCUUGGCCACUAUACUUGUGAUUCUCAAGGUAACAAGAUAUGCAGCGGUCGCUACGACAUUGAAACCAACUGCACAAUGUUUCUUCCUUGUGAUCCCGUUUGCAACUCUAACCAACAAUGCAUUCCUUCUAACAAUACCUGUGCCUGUAUAGAUGGGUGGAGAGGACCAGCUUGCAAUCAGUGCACUAACUGUACAGCAACUCCAGUAACUCCAUUAUCAACAACAACAAUGGCAACAAUGAUACCAAGCACUACAGCAACCAGUGGCUCACUUCCCACCAACAGUAGAAGAACAGCAACUAUCAUUUAUGCUUCUAUUGCUGUUGGGGGGCUUUUGAUAAUAACUACUAUGGUUGUACUGAUCAUUAUCACCCUGUUCUUUGUACAUAAAAGGAAUAAUAAAGGAAACAAUCCUGACAACAUGUAUACAGCACCAAUUGAUAAUCCAAACUAUUCAUUGUCAGCUGCUAACAAUUCAACUGGUGAUAGUACAAUCCGGUCAUUGCCAAAUUAUACAACUAAUUAUUACUUAGCAACAAAUGGCAAUGAUUUCACAAGGGAACUCCCAAAUCCACUUUACGAGGAGAAAAGAUUUGUAAGAAGUAGCUCUGAGAAUGAAAAUAUUUACUCUCUUGCCUCUGAACCUGACAAUGAUGAGAUUGAAGGAUCAAUUCCACGAUCUUAUGAUAGCCCAAGUCAUCCAAAUGAACCUGAAAUUGUUUAUUCUCAAAUAUACAAGAAUUCAUCUCAAAGUAUAUACAAUGAGGGACAUUAUGAAUUUGAUCCUUCAUUCGAGUUUAAUUAGCUGAAUUUAAUUAUUAUUAUUAUUAUUGUUGCUUGCUGUUAUUGUAUUUUAAGAAUAAUCAAUUUAUGCCCUUUAGAUUUAAUUGAAAAA